AUGCUGCUACAAGCUGUGGUGGGCGGAACCAGUCACCUGUCAAUAAGACAGAAACACCUGGAGGUGGAAGUACCCCCUACACCCUUCCCCCAGGCACAGGGUGAUGAUGAGGGUGUACUGUCUCUCAGGGGUGAUGAUGAGUGUACUGUCUCUCAGGGUGAUGAUGAGGAUGUUCUGUCUCUCAGGAGUGAUGACGAGUGUACUGUCUCUCAGGGUGAUGAGGAUGUUCUGUCUCUCAGGGGUGAUGAUGAGUGUACUGUCUCUCAGGGUGAUGAUGAGGAUGUUCUGUCUCUCAGGAGUGAUGACGAGUGUACUGUCUCUCAGGGUGAUGAGGAUGUUCUGUCUCUCAGGAGUGAUGACGAGUGUACUGUCUCUCAGGGUGAUGAUGAGGAUGUUCUGUCUCUCAGGGUGAUGAUGAGUGGUGAUGAUGAGUGUACUGUCUCUCAGGGUGAUGAUGAGGAUGUUCUGUCUCUCAGGGGUGAUGAUGAGUGUACUGGUUCUCAGGGUGAUGAUGUGGGUGUUCUGUCUAUCAGGGUGAUGAUGAGUGGUGAUGAUGAGUGUACUGUCUCUCAGGGUGAUGAUGUGGGUGUUCUGUCUCUCAGGGUGAUGAUGAGAGGGGGCAGACCUUGUCCAGUCUACUGUGAAAGCCAGAGGAUAGCUGCUGCUGGGGAGACUGUUGAAGAAGAGCUGCUGCUAGGGAGACUGCUGAAAGAGGCUGGGGUUACAGACACAGCCAAACCCAAGAGGAGAUCCACCAUCGGGAGCAUACUGUCGGGUUGUAUCACAGCCUGGUACGUCAACUCCACCGCCACUGACCACAAGGCUCUACAGAGAGUUGUUCGCUCAGCCGAACGCACCAUCGGGAGCAUACUGUCGGGUUGCAUCACAGCCUGGUAUGUCAACUCCACCGCCACUGACCACAAAGCUCUACAGAGGGUUGUUCGCUCAGCCGAACACACCAUUGGGUGCACAAUGCCUGCCCUCCAGGGACCUCAGCCAGCCCAACCAUGGCCUGUCCUCCCUGAUUCCAUCACUCAGACGCAGACAACAAAAUCUGGAAUUGCCCUGCUGUAUAACAAGGAGACCAGUAAUACUUAUGAUGUCCAUCUAAAGCUGACAAAAGAGGUGUUGACCAUACAGAAGCUGGAUGUGGUUUGCACGAGAGGGGGUGACCCACAAUUAAAUCACAGAACUGUCGUACUCCGAAGACAGGCAGCUGGAGGUCUGGGUAUAAGCAUCAAAGGCGGUGCUGAGCAUAACGUGCCUGUGGUCAUUUCAAAGAUGUUUAAAGAUCAAGCAGCAGAUCAAACUGGGAAGCUAUUCGUCGGGGACGCUAUGUUACAGAUCAAUGGCAUUAAUGUCGAACAUUGUAGUCAUGAAGAAGUUGUUCAUCUCCUGCGGACUGCCGGGGAGGAAGUCACCAUCACUGUGCGGUACCUCAGGGAAGUUCCAUCUUUUCUAAAGCUCCCAUUGGGCUCUCCUGUACCACCCGCUGAUCAAAGUAGCAGAGUAUCUUCACCACUAUUUGACAGUGGUUUACAUUUAAAUGGGAAUUCUAGCAACACAGCUCCAUCCUCGCCUUCCUCACCCUCGGCUAAUGAACCAAAGUAUGAGAAGCGCUGGCUGGAUGCAGUGUCCCUACCCUUGCUGAUGGCCCGAGUCUCCAAAUACAAAGCCGGAACGGAUAAAUUAAGGUCGAACAGCUUUGAAGUCUGCGCCUUAGAUGGAACGAGCAUCAAUAUUCUACAAUUUUGCACUGCAGCAGAAAGCACUGACUGGCUUCAAGCAAUAUCAACCAAUAUCAGUGAUUUGACACUGGAGAAUAUGAAAAUGAUUAACAGAUAUUGCUCUCCGGAUGAUCAGAUUGUCCACAUGGGUUGGGUGUGUGGAAACCCGCAUCCUGAUGAUGCUGCUCCAUCCAGUACCUUCAAGUUCCUGGCAUUGAGAGGCCCUUGGCUCUACAUCUUCAGGAGUCCUCCUGUUAGUGCAACUGACUGGGGACAAGCUGAAACCUUGUAUAUCCUUUAUGAGGUUCUGUUCAAGGUUCACAAGCUGUGGAUGGCAGAGGACUGUUGGAUCCAGGCCAAGUUCUACCUUGGCCUCCAGCAGGAUGAGGAGCUGCAGGACGGAGAGCCUUUCUGUUUCAGUAUCCUGGUCGGCCACGGCCAGAGUCACACCUUCAGUGUGGAGAUGACUUCUGACCUCGCCGUGUGGGAGAAGUCCUUCCAAAGAGCCGUCUUCAUGGAGGUGCAGAGAGUCGGGUCAAAGACCUACAUGUGCAGCAGCCAGAGUAAAGUACUGUGUUUGACCAUAGACUUUGGAUCUGGCUUCACUUGUUCUGAGAGCUCCUCGAAGAAGAUAUUAUGGAGAUACAAAUUCUCUCAACUGAAAGGCUCCUCUGAUGAUGGGAAAACAAGGGUGAAACUCCUCUUCAAGAACGCUGAAAACAAACAGAUAGAGAUGAAGGAGCUGGAGUUCUCCAAUCUGACGGCAGUCCUCCAUUGUAUUCAUUCUUUUAUCGCUUCCAAAGUGGCCUCUGUGGACCCUGUCUUUGUCAACAGUCAAAGCAUCUCUGGAAUGUACAUGAGUUAGACACUUCUUUGUGUUGUCAUGUACAGUUUAGUCACAUGACCUAAUUGACUAUUUUAUGCACAUUCAACUUAAAUUGAUGUAUAUCUUGUUCCUGUUAUUUUUGUAAGGCUCUUGUUAAAUAAUAAUAAGGAAAAUAUUUUAAAAAACCAUAUUUGACUUUGGAAGUAGAGGAUAUUUAUACUUGCAUUAAUUGGUUGUUAUUGACAUUACAGUAUGAAUAUGCUCAAAAUUAUAGAUUUUUUUUUCCAUGUAGAAAAACAUAUUCAUGGGUUGCAUGUUUCGUCACAAUAUUGUUUUGAACUGAGCAUUCAAAGCAUUGUCAAUGAGCGCUGAUGAAGAUUUCAUCAUAAGUUACAUUACAGUAGCUUGGAAAUUCAAAAGGAGGCAAAUAAUUAGUAGGAAAACCUUUUGUCAUCAUUUUGACGUCACCAGAUUGGCUUUAGAUGCAGUGUAACGUUAGCUAGCUAGCUAAGAUUGAGGGAAGGCCACCAGAUUUUAGAUAGCUAACAUUACCAUUGCUAUUUUAUUUUUACAAACUGAUAGCUAAAUGACAACAUUGACAUUUGUCUACAGUAAAUUUGACUACAUGAUAAUUCUGGAAAAGUUGUUUCCUACUAAAUAUUUGAUUACUUUAUCAGUCAUCAUAUUUCCAGGCACUAUCGUGUAAUUUAGACGAAACAGUAGUUGGCCUGGGCGUAUCACCACUGUGGCGGCGCCGAUAGAGGACGGCUUGAGAACGUUUAUGACGGCAUGACGUGACCCAGUGACGGAGGUACAACCUAUGAAUAGGCCUACUGUCACAAAGAGGGUUUCUAUGUUCUAGGUUCACUGCACAGUUUUGAAUUCAUGUGUAGGUAAUUUUUUUCUCCAUAUUUGCAAAGUAAAAGCAGAACAGAUUAUACUGUACAAAUCAAUACACGUGAAAACAUUUUGGAAUUAGUAUUCUACUGGGCUAUACUCUCUGGUUGAUUUAACUUAUUCCACGACUUCAGCAUGACUUCAGAGCGUGGCUGCUGCGUGAUUUUGGAAAAAGAGUGUCUAGAGAGUUUUGUGUUGAGGCGCACAAAUGCAGGGCUUGGUGGAGGCGUUCAUGACACCAGAGGGUGUUUUAGUUUAUGUAGACAGUCACUGCUAGUCACUCCCAUAACAAAGGGUUGUGUGGAAGGACACCGGGGAAGAAGAUGCAGGCUUAUUGUAGCAAAGCUUAGGAUACCUUAUCUGUCAGAUGACUAAAAUGAUAGUUUAUGAAAUGAAAUCAACAUGUAUGUUUUAAUUUUUGUAAUCUUUUACUUUAUGAAGCCAUGCAGUCUGACAGUCAUUACAAACGCUUACCAUCAUACACAUCUGUAUGUAUUUUCACUCAGCCUCUUUUGUUUUAUUUUCUAUUACUAAAUAAAUCCCAAAUCAUUCCUC